AUGCUCCUGAUGAUUUUGUUGAUUCUUAUCAAGAAAUUUCAAAUGAUGCAACUAUACUUACUAGCAAUAUUUGUAUAAAAAUCGCUUCUGAAGAUAUUAGUCUAGAUACAACUUUUCCCUCUUGGAAUGAAGUUGAAAACUUCCUUGAGAACUAUGGAUAUCAAAAUGGUUUUGCAAUUAAUAAAUAUCGAAUGGAAAGAAACAAAUCUUCAAAUAUUAUUACUAAAAGGACUUUUACUUGUGAAUUUGAUGGCAAGUUUAAGUCUAAAAAAAAGGAAUCAUCAAUACAAGUUGAAAAACAAAAUAAUAUCUGA